AUGAAUAAAAGUAUUGUUGAAAAAGACGUGUCAAAGACAAAAAACAAACCUUUUAUACCCGAUGAAUUGUCACUUCUUUCUGAGCUAGUUUAUAAACACAGAUUCAUAUUAGAAAAAGUUGGUAAGCAAUAUUCAACAGUGGCUGACAAAAGAAAUACUUGGGAAUUAUUGGCUAAUGAAUUUAAUAGCACAGGAUUAAAUGUUACUCGUUCUCCUGACCAGCUUAAGAAAAAAUGGGAUAAUAUCAAACAGACUAGAAAGACAGAAAUAAGAGACACAAAAAGACAUCAAUAUGCAACGGGUGGAGGCCCAUCUUGUCAGCCAACUAUUAAUGACUGCACAGUCGAUCAAUUUUUAAAUGAAAUUACUGAUAUUGAAUUAAUUGACACACCAGAUAGUGAUUAUAUACCAUUACAAAGCAGUGUACCCACAACAAUUGAAAACAAAACAGUUUCAGAUCAACCAGUCUAUUUUAUAACAACUACAUCUAAUAACAUUUCACCUAAAUCACCAAAAGCAUAUCCAACUGGGAAAAAAGAUAGCGACAAAAUGAAAAAAAAUGAGGAUUUUGAACAGAAUCGUUUGGAAAGUUUCAAACAUGAAGCUGAAUUGAGGAUUAAAAGACAAACAAAUUUAAUCGAGCAAGAAAAAGCAAUUCAUGUUUGUUAA